AUGACUUUGGAUCGCAGCAAACACCCAUUAUUUGACGUCACCAUCGAGGGAAUACUGCUGACCAUAAUGGCAGACUCGGGUUCCAGUAUCAACAUUCUGGAUGAGCAAGAUUACAACAAGCUCUCCCCACGACCGAGUUUGGAGCAAACACGCAGCAAAGUUUAUCCUUACCAGACCGAGGCACCCCUACCCGUCCUUGGGCAAUUUACCUCCAUCGUCGCAUCGGAAACAGUCAACCGCACAGAGACAUUCUAUGUUGUGAAAGGAACCAGUGGGUCAUUACUUAGCUGGCGCACUUCUACCGACCUGCAGCUACUCAAAGUCGUAAAGCCCAUUACACAUCAAAACAUUCCCACCGUUGAACAGCUCACCACCCAAUACCAGGACUUGUUCCAAGGACUCGGCAAGUUGAAAGAUUACCAGGUUCAGCUUCAUAUUGAUGAAGGUGUACCACCAGUUGCCCAACCACACCGACGCGUGCCGUUCCAUGUGCGCAAACAACUUGAGGAACAGCUGAGUCAGGACGAAAAACUGGGUGUAAUCGAACGCGUGGAGGGCCCAACCCCCUGGGUAUCGCCCAUUGUUGUGGCACCGAAGCCCAACUCACCCGGAAAGGUCCGCGUAUGCGUUGACAUGCGUCGUGCAAACACAGCAGUCCAGCGUGAACGCCACAUCACCCCAACGAUCAAGGAAAUCAUUGGCGAUUUGAAUG